AUGCGUUUCUUCUCUUUCUUCGCCCUCUCUCUAAUUGGUGCCGCUUCUGCCGAGUGGUGCCAGGAGUUAUGUGAUUCAUACUCUCCUUGCCAUUACUCCAAGUUCGGGUCUUACUCUCAAGAUGAUGGUGCUUGCUAUGGCUUCUAUCAGAAGGGUAAGGGAUUCUGUUUCCAACCGACUGAGGGUGGUGACUGUGAUGAUGAGGUCCUGAGACCUGUCUAUAGUCCUAUGGAGAGACAUGCACCUGGGAAGGUCCUCGUUAUCUACACCGGUGGUACUAUAGGCAUGCUGCCUUAUGCUAAUGGUACUCUUCAUCCUGUACCUGGUUACCUUACUGAGCAGCUCAACAACCUUCCUGAGCUCCAAGCUCCUGGAAUGCCUGCAUUUGAUGUUAUCGAGUAUGAGAACCUCAUUGAUAGCUCCGAUAUGUCCCCCGCUCACUGGGCUCAGAUGGCUAAGACUAUUGAGGAUAACUACGCGGAUUAUGAUGGCUUUGUUAUCCUCCAUGGUACUGAUACUAUGGCUUAUUCUUCGGGUGCUCUCGACUACAUGUUCUCUAAUCUUUCAAAGAGUGUUAUUGUUACUGGUUCUAUUCUUGCUUUCGAUGAACCUCAUAGUGAUGCCAGGAGGAAUAUGGUCAUUUCUAUUAUGCUCGCUGGUCUCUACACCAUUCCUGAGGUGAGCAUCUUCUUCGACACAGAGCUUAUUCGUGGUACCCGUGCUGUUAAGAUUGAUAGUGGUGCUAUCGAGGCCUUCGAGUCCCCCAAGUUCCCUUAUCUUGCUACCAUGGGUGUCGGUCUUGCCUUCGAUAAGGAGCUCGUCCUCCCCGCUCCCACUGGUCCUUUCGCCGUCCAGUCAAAUAUGGAAUCUUCCAUUCUCCCCAUCAGAGUCAUCCCCGGUCUCACCAGCUUCGAGUCUCUCUCCCCUGAGGCUGUUAAGGGUGUUGUUCUUAUGCUCUAUGGCACUGGCGAUGCUCCUUCUAACCAGGUCGCUUUCACUGACUUCCUCGUUGAGUGCCAAGAUCGUGACGUGCCAGUUGUUGCUGUCUCUCAAGUUCUUCGGGGUGUUGUUGAGCUCGCUGACUACGCUGCUGGAGCUCAGCUUCUUGAUCUUGGUAUCAUCAGUGGUGGUGAUAUGACUCCUGAGGCUGCUGUGACGAAACUCAGCUACAUGUUGGGUGCUGGUAUGAAGACCGCCGAUAUCGCUAAUGACUUCGGUGUUAAUAUCCGUGGUGAGAUCACUAUGAAUGAUAGCUCUGCUGAGGAUCCUUUCCGUGAUCUCUCUUUCGGUAACUAA